GAUAGCGCAGUAGUGCGGAGCCCCCACCCUGCCCCGGCUGCGCUCCGAUAACGCAGAGGAGGGGGGAACAACAAGACACCUCGGUUUCUCCACACAGGGAAGGAAUUAUUACUUCAUCUCCUUUUCACUCUGCGUCCGUUUCUGCGUUCAGCGGCCAUCAGUGAAGUGAUAAAAUGGUCGAUUAACAGCUUUUACGCACACAUCGUUGUCGCCUGGUGUGAAUCUGACUGUGACCUCCGCUGGGAAGUCACCUCACUCUCUUGGCUGCAAUGCUCUCAAAGAGGGAGAAAGACCUCAUUGCACAAAUAUGGGGAAGACUGACUCCUGUGGCAGACGAUAUUGGGUCAGAUGCGCUUCUUAGGAUGUUUGCCACUUUCCCAGGAACCAAGACGUACUUCUCCCAUCUAGACAUCAGUCCUCGCUCCGCUCACCUGCUCUCUCAUGGGAAAAAGAUUGUUCUGGCUAUAGCAGAGGGAGCGCAAGACAUCAGCCAGCUGGCCGUAAACCUGGCUCCCCUGCAAACCCUGCAUGCCUACCAGCUCAGAAUAGACCCGACCAACUUCAAGCUUUUCUCACACUGUAUGCUCGUUACCCUGGCCUGUCACAUGGGCGACGACUUCACACCAGUUGCACACGCAGCAAUGGACAAGUACCUGUCAGCUUUCGCAGCUGUGCUCGCAGAGAAAUACAGAUGAGAGCCAGCCACCUGUUUUCAGGAAGUAUAUGAACUAUUUAUGAUGCCGUAUGAUAUUUAAUACAAUAUUUAUGUAUGUGUGGUUGUUAUAAUGCAAUGUUUUGUAAUAAUAAAAAUGUGCAAUUUAA